AUGGGUGCUGUUCUCUCCCCAGCUCUCCUCCUGGCCGUCAGGAUCAACAGCAAGGGCCGGGAGGUUCUGUACCUGGCCAAGGGUGACUCAGUGAAGCUGGGCUGCCCCUACGUCCUCGAGCCUGAAGACAACGGUCCCCAGGGUGUGGGCAUUGAGUGGAUCCAGAUCACACCCGAGCGGCCCGGCCCAGAGAAAGUGUUCCUAUCCUACCAAGAUCACCACGUCAACUACGGCAGCGGCUCAGGGCUGCAGGACCGCGUGGCCUUUGUGCAGAAUGACCCCAGCCAGUACGAUGCCUCCAUCCGCCUGGCUGACCUGCAAGUCUCCGACACCGGUACCUACCAGUGCCGGGUGAAGAAAAACACCGUGGCGGUGCACGAGGUCAUUGUCACUGUGGAAGAGAAGCCCGCUGCCCCCCAGUGCUGGGCCGAGGGGGAGGUGAUAGAGGGGAGCAGCAUCGUGCUGCGGUGCUACAGCCGGGGGGGAGCCUCCCCGCUCUCCUACCAGUGGGCCAAGCUGGCCAGCGGCUACGGCGGAGGACACCUGCCCUCUGGCACCAUCCAAGGACGGGCUCCCGGCGACCUGAUAAUCCGUAGCCUGACGGAGGUGCACACCGGUGUCUACCAGUGCCGCGUCACCAACCGCGUGGGCUACUCUGCCUGCCAGAUCAACCUCACCAUUGGGCCAAAAGGAAGAAGGGUGGGCGUCAUCGUGGGCUCCAUCCUGGGCUCCCUCCUGCUUCUCAGCCUUCUCGGGCUCCUCAUCUAUGCGCUGAUCUGCCGCUACCGACAGAAGGAGUGCCAGCGUGCCUGCAGUGACUGCCGGAGCAGCACCGGCGGUACCAUGACCCGUGCCUGCAACGUCUGUGCCCACCACACCUACUCGCCCCACGGCAUCAGCUACAUGCAGUGCCAGCACGGCGACAGCGACGAGCGGGCAGCUGCCCUCAUCUGCAACGAGGGAAUUCGGCACCAGGUCGCCUGCCCAGCGCUGUAACCCCCCCACGGUCCCGCAACCCGCCCCGAUUCGGCUCCACGGAGGGAGUGACCACGAGCCCAGAGCCGGCGGCACGGCCGGGACCCAGCACCAAGCGGGUGCUGCCAGGGCUCGCCAAGAAAACCCAGCUCAGGAAUUCAGCUCCCUCCUCCCCACAAACAGCCCCAGCCUCCAGCAAACCUCGUGCGGGUUCAUCAGUCUGUUUUGUUGGUUUUUCGUUUGUUGUUUUCGGUUUUGUUUUGCUUGUUGUUUUU